CCGUUCGCGCAUUCGCAUUAAUUUCCAAUCCCGCGGUGUGCUCUCUGCCCGCCACUCGUUUGCUCGCCCCCUCCUCGGCCGCGAAUACGGCGCCGGUUUCAGAGGCAAGCGUGUCCUCGCCGCGAGGGUGUCCCGAGGGUGACGGAAAGAAAUGCCCGUGAAUUCGAGCCCGCGUAGCGCGAAAACGUCUGGGUCCAGAGAAGCGAGCGCGUGAGAGGUCAAAAAUCGCGUUUCCCUCCUGUGACAGCUUUUCACGAAUCGUACGUCGAACGGUCUCGAAAGGGAGACGCAAGGAUAAGAAAGCUGCUGGAUGCGGCCAGGAUCUAUCAGGAUAUCACUUAUCGCUUUGCGUCGCGAUCACGAACGGAGGAAACGAGCACCGGGGCCGCAGGACGAGACGGGAACCGCUGAGUGUGUUGGAUGUGCAGUGAUCACGGAAUUGGUGAGCACCGGAACCACGCCGGAAGUAAGGUCUUUUAGCGGGUCACGGAUUCGUCGAGUGGAAUAAAGCGUCUCUGAACCCUCGUGGCCGACUUUAGCGCGUCAGUGCAACCCUUCGAUCCUUUUGUCGGCACGAUGAUACCGAGGAUCGCGACGCUCGCGACGAUGGAAACAUGAAGACUCUCGAUCGACGCAGCCCUACUCCUGCCGACCAUAAAUGACCGAUGUGACGCAGCCCAUCAGGAAUAUUUUUACGCAAAAUGAUUCGUGCCCUUGUCCUUCUGUGCAUGGCCGUUCUACCUGUCGUACGAUGCCACAAGAUCCACGAACACCUGACAAAGGAAGAAAUGUUAUCGGUGUUUCACACGGGACACGAGUCUGUACCAACGUACGAGAUUGUGCCUGUGUUGCAUUCGGUGCACAAGAGGGGUACGGAGAAGCCGGAGAUACACCUGAAGGCCUUCGGGAAGGACAUCAGUUUAUCGCUGAAACCUACGGAGGGGUUGUUGACAGCGAACCGUCUGCCAAUGUGGACUGUCAUGAAGAACGCGUCGCAACCUGACGGCCUCCAUUACGAGAGGGUAACAGACGCUGACAUAGAUAUCGGUGACAUCUAUCAAGACACGACGAACAUGGCGUCCAUUCUGCUGCGCCGGGACGCGAAUGGGAAAGUGCUAGUUGAUGGCAAUAUCGGCUCGGAAUUAGUGAUUCGACCACUGCCGGAUCGAGUGUUGCACGAAAUAGUGAGCAAGACCCCGGCUCUUCACGGGGCCCAAUUACUACCGAACGUAACGAAAAGUAAAGGGAAAUUGAAACACACCAAUCAUCACGUGGUUUUCAAGAAAGCGACCCGACCCAACGACGACGAGUACAGUGAUUUCACGCUGAUGGAACCCGACCACUUGGCCAAGAGGUACAGAUCGAAACGCUCGGUUGGCGAUAGAUCAAAGAGAGAAGCGCCGUACGUAAUUUAUCCGGAAAUCCUAUGCAUCGUCGAUUACGACGGAUACAGAUUGCACGGAGGCGAUAAUGUACAGAUCAAAAGGUACUUUGUGUCUUUCUGGAACGGGGUAGAUUUAAGGUACAAGCUGUUGAAAGGACCAAAAAUUCGUAUCAGUAUCGCAGGAAUAAUUAUCUCGCGGGGAAGGGACGCCACGCCGUAUUUGGAAAGGAAUCGCGUGGGACGAGACGCGAUUGAUUCGGCGGCUGCGUUGACCGACAUGGGCAAAUACCUCUUCCGGGAGAGAAGACUUCCGGUCUACGAUAUAGCUGUCGCCGUCACAAAAUUAGAUAUGUGCAGGAGGCAAUACGCGAAUGACGUGUGCAAUAGAGGAACCGCAGGUUUCGCGUACGUGGGUGGAGCGUGUGUUGUAAAUAAGCGUCUCGAAAAAGUGAAUUCGGUCGCCAUCAUCGAGGACACCGGAGGAUUUAGCGGAAUUAUCGUCGCUGCCCACGAAGUCGGCCAUUUACUUGGCGCAGUCCACGAUGGUUCACCGCCACCCAGCUAUCUCGGAGGACCCGGAGCCGAAAAAUGUCGCUGGGAGGAUGGCUACAUUAUGAGCGACCUUCGACACACUGAGAAAGGCUUCAAGUGGUCUCACUGCAGCGUGUCGUCGUUUCAUCAUUUCUUAAAUGGCGACACAGCAACAUGUUUGUACAACGCGCCUCACGAGGACGAAGCGCUUCCCAGAGUUUUGCCCGGGAAAUUGCUCUCGUUGGACGCACAGUGUCGAAAGGAUCGUGGAACGAGCGCAUGUUUCAAAGACGACAGAGUUUGCGCUCAGUUGUUUUGCUUCGACGCUGGUUCAGGAUAUUGCGUGGCCUAUCGUCCAGCAGCCGAAGGCUCUCCAUGCGGAGAUGGUCAGUACUGCCUGAAUGGAAAGUGCGUGGCCGAGCAUGAAAAUAUUAUACCAGAUUACACACAAAACAUCCCAACCUACGUGCGCCGAGAUGGCACUUAUAAUCCCACAGCCCACAAUCGGCCUCUAUUCGCUCAAUACAACAACACGGAUUACAGGUAUCCGUGGGAAUCAACGACACACAGCACGCAACAAACGAAAUUUAAGUAUUUCUCGCCGUUGUCGAAUCACUUCUCGUCGACGUCGACGAGCAGUCCUUAUAAACACGUCACACCAUUCGCGACAGCCACAGCGACUAAAUCCACACAUACGACUGCCAAUUAUUUAUACGCCAAUAAGUACAAGACUAAACUUUACGACAAUAAUAUUAGUAAGAACUAUGGUACAACCACUACUAGAAAGUAUACGAGUUACUUGAAUUCGUAUUAUACGGUUAGCCCUCUGUCGAAAGUCACUAAUGACGCGAGUUAUCCGAAAAUUAGCCCGUUCAAACGUAAAAGCACGGUCAGCAUGAUGUCGUUUCCAACAACAGCCAAAGGGGAUCAGAAUGGGAUUCCAAGCGAUGGUCGCGAACCAGAGGUCGAUGAGUGCACGGACGUGGGGUCAGAUUGCGCGGAGCUGAUUGACAGGCUGAGAACAUGGCUGUGCCAUUUGCAAUCUGUGAAAAAUCGCUGCUGCGCGUCCUUAAAGACGAUUUGCGCCGCUUGAUCGACAGAAGAUGGAUUAAAUUGGUUAGGAACUCGCGUGGCCAUGCGGAACCACGGGGCCGACGUAAAAAAAAACAAAUCGGCGCGCACUCAGCACGCGUUCAGCUCGUCGAGCAGAAACCUCGACGGAAACGGGGUUAAAUCGUGUCCACGGUGUCGGACUGCCUUUUUCCGAAACGACAACUCAAGAGUUCUGGAUGCAGAGAAAGUGCAAUUCCCCCUUCAUUAAGUAGUUACGUAUAACUGUGUUACCCCAAGAUAUAACUUCAUUCUGUCUUCUUUUACGGUAGUACCGCAGGAGCUUUGUACAGAGAGCGGGUGUACGUAUUUGACCCAGGAACGAACCGUUCGAUCGAAAAUCCGGUUACUCGUACGCAUAUUUAUUCGAUGCACGCAAUCGCGCGGGUUUGACUUACGCCGCGACGAGAGUAUUUCCAUAAAUACGAGCGCGUUUCUAUGCGUGCAUGUGAG